AUGAGGAGAUUUAGCUCACUCGCCGCCGUAUGCCGCGUUGCCGCCUCCUCACCGGCGGCGUUGGAAAAUCCCAUCAAUAACCAACAUCGACUCUUCCAGGCGGCUCUGUUUAGCACUAACGGCAAUAACUACUCGGCGAGGUCUUACUGGUUCUCGUACGACAAGGUCACCCCUCAAUCAGCUCGUAAAGCUUUCGCCGGGACCAUGCUGUUCUCGGUCGCAGCCACGACCCUCGCUGAAGAGGUCCAUGCGAAAGAGCACGUGCAGUCGAAAUAUCGCCCCAACGACGUCGUUCUCUAUCAGUACGAAGCUUGCCCUUUUUGUAACAAGGUUAAAGCAUUCCUGGAUUAUUAUGAUAUUCCGUACAAAGUUGUGGAGGUCAACCCCAUCAACAAAAAGGAAAUCAAAUGGUCUGAUUACAAAAAAGUGCCUAUAUUGAUGGUUGAUGGUGAUCAAAUGGUGGACUCUUCAGAUAUAAUUGAUAAAUUGGCCAAAAAGAUUCGUCCUGGUGUUCAACUGGAAGAUGAUGAGGAGAAGAAGUGGCGUGGGUGGGUGGACAAUCACUUGGUGCAUAUCUUAUCACCAAAUAUUUAUCGAAGUACUUCCGAAGCACUUGAGUCAUUUGACUACAUAACCAGUCAUGGUAAUUUCAGUUUUACUGAGAGAUUAACCGCUAAGUAUGCAGGAGCUAUGGCCAUGUAUUUUGUAUCUAAGAAAUUGAAGAAAAAGUAUAAUAUUACCGAUGAACGUGCAUCGUUAUAUGAGGCUGCGGAAACAUGGGUAUCAGCUCUCAAAGGUCGAGAAUUUCUAGGUGGUGCCAAACCUAAUUUAGGCGACCUUGCUGUCUAUGGUGUUUUGAGACCCAUUCGCUACCUCAAGUCAGGUAGAGACAUGGUAGAGCAUACGAGGAUUGGCGAUUGGUAUACUCGAAUGGAAAAUGCUGUUGGGGUAUCUUCCAGAACCCCAGCAUAG